AUGAUUCUUUGUGGCAAACGGAGUGAAGAAGAUGAUCAUCAUGACGACAUAAAUCAUGAACUAUUCGAACAAUGGUUAGAUCACUCCAUCCCCCACACGCUAAACCGAGCAGGAGAUCGAAGAGUGACCCUGAUCAUGAAUAACGCCCCUACCAUAGCCGGCACAUCCGCAAAAUUCCCAAUUCGGGCUCUACCAAGAGCGAGAUAUCUAGCUGUUCUAGAAGGGAAGGGAGUAGCAGUGAGUGAAAGAAGUAGUAAGGAUGACCUUUUCUAUGAGCUACGUAACUUCAUAAAAUCUAAAGCUGCUCUGCGCGAUUACGCUGCUUAUCGCAAGUGCAAUGAACGACUUGAUUAG